AUGAGUGAAUGUGGAAUUAAAAUCCGCGUUAUCUCAGAUACUACUACGUUUUAUCCAGUAGAAAUACAAAGUGAUGAAGAUCAUCAUAGAAACGAUAACAUGACCCUAUUAACAACUAUUACUUACUUAAAAGAACAAUUAAAUGAAGAUUUUCAGUUCUUCAGAGCAGGAGAUUUAUUUAUUGUUUUGCAGCAAUGGCGUGGCAUGCUGUUCUUUGUUGAGACUAAUGAAGACUUUGGUGCUGAAGUCUUAAGAUUUAUUCUCCAAACUUCUCGUGAGAUCCUGAUCUUCUUGUUUGGAACAAAAUUCGAAUCAGUCAUGCGUAGGAAUAUUUCAUUAUCCAAGAGACAAGUAUUUGCUCGUUAUGUAGAUACCUAUUUGAAAUUAUGUCAAGAUGAUCAUCAUUUUCUUCUUAGUACCUUAAGAUAUACUGAUGAUUCUCAUGAAUUACAGCACUAUUUCCUCGAAAAAGUCCCGCCAGUACCAAAAGAUGUUCCAAUAAAACUAAAUGCUGUCUUCCUCUUCAUUGGAAACGAAAUUGCAGUACAUUUUAAGAAUCCUAAGGCAUCAGUUCUUGAGCCAGAGAUCAUUUCUUUAAUACAAAUCUUCGUCCAUGUCGAAUUUCCAGAAAUAAAUGGCGAAACAAAGUGCGAAGGAAAGCGAUUCGACUCAUCCUACGUCAAAAUUGAUACCAACCCUAAGCAUAAAGGUGCUUUUCUACGUCUAGCUCGCACUCCUGUUGGAUGUACUUUAUCAUGUUCAAAAUGCGCAGAAAAAUCGGACUCUAUAAUUGUUGUAAUUAGCGAAAAUACCAAGAUUCCCAUCCCUGUACAAAAGCAAAUCAACGAAUAUAUGGGAAAUUUGUGCAAUUUCCUUAGUGGCAUGCCAAAGAUCGAACUACCUCCUACAACGUCGAUUUACAAUGAAGAUUUACUUCAUUUCAUUGCAAUAAAUCGUACGGAAGGCGAUAUUUGGGAAAUGCCUUUUGAUCAGAGCCUUGAAGCCAUUAUGAACUACCACAACAUUGACAAACAAGCUGCUGUUGCUAAGUACCGUCAAUUAACCCGGAAAAUGGCAAGCUACGCCUUUAAUGCGAUAAUGCACGGAUAUACAACGAUGAUGUGGGGUAGUUUGGACUACCAGUUCUGUUAUCAGCUCAGAUUUAAGAACGAUGAUAACGAGAUACUCCAACCAUCCCAUAUUUUCACUCCUCCUUCGUUUGAUGACGAUAAUGGCGUUACAUAUGGCCUUAUUGCCAAUUCUGUGUUUCCUAAUCAGAAUGGUGUUAGAUGUUUUGAGCUCCUUUCGAUAUUCAGAUCAACAGUUAAACCAAAAGAAGCAAUGGAAGUCAAUGAUCAGUUGUUUACUGACUUUUUCAAGAAGAUUAUAUAG